UAAGAAGCGCCGGAUAAAUAGUAAACAAUCGAACAUAACCUCUGCGUUUUGAAGCAAAUCAGGAUGUCAAAAAGUGGAGGAAAAUGGAAAAGCGACAUGGACUUUCGCAACAUUUACGAGCAAUGUUAUCGAGGCUCUGCACCUAUAAAUAUCAACAACUAUUUCACACAGUACAGGAAUUUGAUUGAUGAGUCAGGACUCAAGAAUAUAGAUAAAACUGACAAGGAAAAACUUUACAGCCUUGUUGGUGAUCAAAUAGAUGAAGAAAGGUAUGAUUUGUUAGCGGAGUACUGUAAUCCGGAUAAACUGACAUGUCCCGGAGAGUUGCAGAAAAUGAAGAAAGCUCAUUUCGAAUGGUGCAAAGAUCCAGAAGACAAGUCAAUUAUUGAAACAUGUACCUUGAAAACGGUACAGGACACUCUUUUGAGAAAUAGACUAAAAAAUCAUCAGGUACCUUCAAAAUAUAAAAGUGAAAAACCUAUCUGCUAUGAACCACACGUUCCAAGUACGAGCUCUGUACCAAGAUUGAUACCAAAUGAAGACAUGUUAGUUAUUGUUAGAGUGUACACACCAUUCACCAGCAGAAACAAGCUUAGUACAGGUUCACUUGGAAAAUUGUCGAUCAAUCUUGUAGUUGCAAUGCUUGGUUCCCAGACAUUGGACAAAUUAAGAGAUGUUAUAAGUUGUGUUUCUGAUAUGGCUAUUUCAACUGAAAUGAGUGCAGCACCCAUUAGGUCACAUGCAACUCAGAUGGCUAAGGAUGUUUACAAAUCAGGUUUCUUUUUCAUUGAAAACACAUUUUACAACGACCUUAGAGAUCCCAACAAUCAUGACAAUAGUAAAGUCAUAAGAGAUUGGAUGAAAAGUAGAAACUUUGAUAGUGCUAAAACUGCAGUAAUGGAAAACACACGAAUAGAUAGUCUUGUCUUGAAAUUUGGAUUUCCCUGGGUUUACCAGCAUCAAGGAGAUUGUGAACACUUAAUUUCUUUCAGCAAUGCUAGAUUAGUGAAUUCAUCAGAUGAACUAUGUACUGAAGUUUAUCCAAGAAUACUUAGAAUUAAACCUAGGCCAAAUCGUUAUUGUAUGACUUGUGGCAUUUACAAUGUCAGUUGGGUAACGAUUGACAACAACCGAUUACCUCACAAUCCGUGUUUAUUUUGUGAAUCUUGCUUUAAAUCAUAUAAUUAUGUAAAAGGAAAAAAAGUUGGAUCGUUUUCAGCAUAUCCUUAUCCUUAUGAUAGUGAAUUACUGGAACCAUUAAUUGAUGAAGAAAUAAUUAAGCAGAAACCAAAAAGAAAAUUGACUAGAUAUGAUUCUGAUGGAGAGGAAGAAAGUAUAGAAAAUAGAAGAAACAGACCUGGUACCAGUCGUGAUCCUUAGGACCUAACUUGAAAGUUUUAAUUUCAAGUUAUUCAACUUAUUCAAAUUAACUUUAGCUGAAUUCAAAUGAGGAUUAAGUUUAAGUGCUUUUUUGUACAUCAUCUCAGCCUUGUCAUAUUUUUUCCAGCGAUGAUAUAAUACUCCUAAAUUGUAAAUAAUAAUUCAAUUUUUUAAGCCAUAAAAAAGUACAUGCGAAAAAA